UUCACUUCAAGUCGAACGUAUUUGAGCAUCGAAUUGGCGGGACCAUGGUUUGUUAGAUCAUGUGUCAUGACGCUGAUUGGAACCAUGAUUAUACGGUGAUUGGAACAGUCGUAAAUCUGCGUAAAUCGUGGAAUCUGGUAUCAUGUUUGGAUGAAUUUUCUAUUUUUCUGUCUAUUGUUCUCCCGGUUUGAAAUGAAAUGGAUUUAAAUAUGUACUGUCACGCAUUGCCUAAAGUGGGGGAUAAACUGAGGAACUGAUUUACGUAUAAUGUGUAUGUCCUGAAUUUUUUCAUUUUUUCCCUACUCGAAAUUGUAUCGAAAUUUUUUCAUCCUCGAAAUUAAAGAAAGAACUUUGGUGCCGAAUUUCAAAACUAAAAUUUUUGUACUUCAGCACAAAAAGCAGUGUAAAAUCUGACUAAAAAUGAAGAUUACGGGAAGUUUCGAAGAAUUCAAAUUAGCCCACUCUUUGACGAAUUCGCCAAAGGCAAUUUACAUAGCUGCUUGCGAUGUUAUCCAAGAAUUCGCUGAGGAAAAUGUAAUUUAUCUAGAAUUGAGAAGCACCCCUCGAGAAGUUGAGGGAUUAAUGACAAAAGAUGAAUAUACAGAGGCUAUCAUAAAGGCCAUCAAAACAUGCGAGACAAAAUGCAGCAUUAUUGUUAAGUAUUUAGUCUCUGUUGAUCGGCGGCAUGGGCUACAAGUUGCUGAAGAAAAUAUCGAUUUGGCGAUUGAAUUACAAAAAAAAUAUCCAAAGUACGUUGUUGGCCUCGAUUUAAGUGGAGAUCCAACAGAGGGUGAUGUAUUUUUAAACCUAUUAGAAAAGUCGAGAGAUGCUGGCUUAAGAAUUGCAGCCCAUUGUGCAGAGGUACCGAAUGAAGUAGAGAUAAUGGAUAUAUUGAAUUUCAGACCAGAGAGAUUAGGUCAUUGUGUUUGUAUUCAUCCUAGCUUAAAUGGUUCACAUAAACUUUUCCAAAGAUUACUUGAGCUAAAAAUUCCAGUAGAGUUAUGCCUUAGUUCAAAUGUCAAGACAAAAUCUGUUCCAACAUAUUCUCAUCACCAAUUUAAGUAUUUGUAUAAAGUAGGACAUCCAAUAUGCAUAUGUACGGAUGACAAAGGUGUUUUCAGAACAACUUUGUCGAAGGAAUUUGAAUUAGUGGCAUCGCAUUUUGAUCUCAAGAACACUGAUUUGAAAGAGAUUUGUAAAUUAUCAGUGAAAUACUCUUUUGCGACUGACGAGGAGAAAAAAUGUCUGCUGCAAAUAAUUAAAAAUUUCAAUUGAUGUAAUUGAAUAAUUACAUUAACUAAUUGUGUUAAAAUAGCUUAAAGAGUACUAGAGACAAUCUGGAACGAAGAAAAGUCGCCCUUUGAUGUCUGCUUUUCUACGUGGGAGCGUGUGCAGCACUCGCACGUAGUCAGCGUCAUGGAUCAUCAUUUUCUGACUUGGAUGCACUUAUUGUUUACGUGCGAUCUCGCCGACGAUGACAAACGUUAUUUUCUCAAAGACUUCACUUGUACUUUGUCACGGUUCUUUAUUUCUGAAAAACAAUAUUUCAUUAAGGCCAGAAUUUUAUCUAGUAGCAGGGAUUUAUGUACAUUAGGCUGAUAUAAAAAUUCGACAUUUGAAUUGGAGAUCCGACCGGUCAACAUUAAACCGCGCCCCCAGAAUUUUGAAAGUAACAUGGGGUUUUAAAUGGGAAAGUCUCUGCUUUUGAAAAAGUGAUUAUUAUCAACUUUUCGUGAAUUAAGGUUUUGUCACUUCUUAAGGGAUGUUUAAGGAAUAAUUUCCACCCAAUAACUUUUAAUUUAAACUCCCCACCCCCAACCAAACCCCUCGUAUUGCAUCCGGCAAUUGUCACAAAAAAUGCAAAAUGGCAGUUUUAUGUAAAAUGUAUGUUGAAGAUGGUAUUUUUUUAGAAAUUUUAUGAACAUUAAUUUUUUUCGAUAAGUGAUAAGUUUAAAAGUAUUUCUGACUAAUUUUGAAUUGCUUAAACCAUCAUUAUUUGUGCAAUCUUUUCGCCAGUGAAUCGUAAAAAGUUACUAUUUUUUGGUAAUAUCUUUUUGUUUACGAUAUUAUUCUCUGCAGCUAGUGACGCAGCAUGGUUCGCCUGAAUGCAGUCCAAACCGAAAGUCCUUUCAUUCUUGAUUUUUUAAUUGUUUUUAUUUCUGAGACACUUUACUACUAUUUUAAGAAUAAAAAGAUAACAAGCUAGGCUCGUUUUCGUUUUUUUUUAAAUUAAAAUUUUUCUGUAAUUUUAUAUAAACUUCAAUCUAAAGGUGCUUGUGUUGUUAAUUUUUUUAUCGAUUAUAUUUCGAGGACAUUUGACGAUUAAUUUAAGAUAAAAACAAAAAGCUUGCCUCAUUUCCGAAGUACGAUUUUUUUUAAAAUUAAUAUGUUUCGCAAUAUGUGGCAGAACUUUCAAUAAUAAUGUUAACUACUGAAAAAAUAUUUAAAUAAUAUAAUCUAUUUUAUCAUGUUUUUGGCAAUAUUUAAAAUUAAAUCCAUGUUUUAUCGACUAAGCUGAUUGUUUAUUGUUUUUGCAAUAACUGUCAAACUUUUUCUUGUGUCUUGUUGAUUCCAAUUAUUCGCGAUAUCGGUGAAAAUAACGGGAACACACGAUGAAAACAGUGAACAAAUUUGUUUGUUCUUUUUCGAGAAAAUAAAGAACAUGGCGAUAGUAUAUAAUAAAUUGAAAGAGAUUGUUGAAAGUGUGUUGGUAAGAGUAUCAAUUUGCCAGAUUAAAAAAAAAUCGAUGUCGGUAUAUAAAAGAAGUACGAAAGUGACAUCCGACAGCCGGUGUUAUUGUGGGGUUUGUUAGCUGGCAAGUACGCAAAAAAUUCAGAGUUUUGGAAAUGUUGCAAAAAGAGAGAUUUUCUCAAAGCGGCAAGAAAUAUUGAUAGAUAUUUCAAAUAAAAAGGUCUUAGUUAAGUCUUUCAAGUAUGAUUCAUAAAAUAGAAUUCAUCCUGACGUUUUUCUAAGUUCUUAUUAUUAGUCAUCUGAAAAGCGCUGCAACUACCUGUUUUUGCCUAAUAAAAAGAGGAGUGUCACAAAAAUGCAAUUUUAUCCUCUAA